UCCCUGACAACAGCAGCGAGAUGUCGGAGCCCGAAGCGUCGGAUGCGGCAGCAGCAUCCCCGAGCCCGGGCCUCUCCCCCGCAGCCAGCCCGGCCUCCGAGCCUCCAUCCCUGGCUCUCUCCCCUACGGCGGACGGCUCCCAGCGGCUGCUCUUCUCCCACGACCUGGUCUCCGGGCGGUACCGCGGCUCAGUCCGGUUCGGCCUCGUACGGAUGAUCCACGGCGAAGAGGAAUUUAACUCCGACUCGGACCUCGACGAUGGAGGAGGUGGAGGUGGAGGAGGAGGAAGAGGAGGAGGAGGACGAGCCCCAGGUGGUUCGGACACUGAGAGCGCAGUGGACUUCCCGAGUCAGCCGGUCGGCAGGGGCUUCGUCCGCGUCCAGUGGUACCCCGAGGGAGGCAAGCAGGACAUCAGGGAGACAAAGCUGAAGCUUGAAGACCGAUCUAUUGUCAUCAGAGACAUUGUACGACGGAACCAUUCCAGUGACAACCAGUGUGGUAUUGUGACCAACAUUAACAUCGAGUGUGCAGUGAAACUAGUGGGAACUAAUUGUGUUCUGUAUCCAGUGAACAGCAAAGACCUGCAACACGUCUGGUCUUUCAUGUAUGGCGACUACAUUGCCUAUGACUUCUGGCUGGGGAAAGUGUACGACCUGACUAAUCACAUCAUCCUCAAACUCUCCAAUGGAGCAAGGUGCUCCAUGAGUGUGGAGGACGGUGCCAAGCUUUACGAUGUCUGUCCACAUGUCAGUGAUUCGGGUCUGUUCUUCGAUGAGGCAUAUGGUUUCUAUCCAGGCCAGGUCCUCAUCGGUCCAGCCAAAGUCUUCUCUAAUGUACAGUGGCUGUCAGGGGUCAAACCUGUCCUCAGCAGGAAGUGCAAGUUCAGGGUGGUGGUAGAAGAGGUAAAGGUGGUUGAACUGAAGGUCACGUGGAUCACCAAGAGCUACUCCCCGAAAGGCUCUGACAGCGUCUAUCCACCUCCCUCCGCCAUCACACAGGAGAAUCUCUGCAGGGUGAGACGUCUGGGCUACUAUGACCACACCCAGAGGCAACUGGGAGAGAGGGCCCUCUACAUCUUUCCCGCCAAGGGGGACGCCACACGCAUCACCUGUGAGGGACCCGAGGGUGCACCUGUCCUGCCUGAAGACCCUGUGGCCAGAAAGCUGAAAAGGAUGUUCAAGAAGGAUGCAGGAAAGAAGACGGAGAACACCGACACACAAGCUGAAAACAAAUCAGAGCAGACAGACUCGUCUCACCCAAACAACAACAACGGUCCGGCGGUGUUCAUCCCAAACCCGCCAGACUCACAAAACACGGACCCCCCCGCUGAGCACGGGGAACAGGACGCCGAUGACGAGGCUGCAGAGGACACUGACGACACCAGCUCUUUGACGUCGUCUGCGAGCUCCACGGCGUCGUCUCAGAGCGGCGGGCUGGGAACAAACCGAAAGAAGAGCAUCCCCCUCUCCAUUCGCAACCUGAAGAGGAAGCACAAGAAGAAGAGAACCAAGUUCUCCCGGGAGUUCAAGCCUGGAGACCGGGUGGCAGUAGAAGUUGUAUCCUCUAAGACCACAGCUGAUGUGAUGUGGAAGGACGGGCGGGUGGAGAAGGGGAUCCGAUCAAACAACCUCAUCCCCAUCCAGCACCUCGACGGCCAUGAGUUUUGUCCCGGGGACUUUGUCGUAGACAAACGAUCCCAAGCCGUCCAGGACCCAGGAGUGUACGGUGUGAUCCAGUCCGGGGAUCACAAGGGCAGAACGUGUGUCGUCAAGUGGAUCAAACUCAACUCCACCAGUGACGACGUGGAGGUUAUCGGUGUGGAGGAGGAUGUCAGUGUGUAUGAUAUCGCUGACCACCCAGAUUUUCACUUCCGCACCACUGACAUCGUCAUCAGAAUAUGGAACUCAGAAAACGGAAAGAACGACUGUGAAAAUGAAACGUCAGUGGGCCAGGUGUCCAGGGUGGACGUGAGCAGCAAAGUGGAGGUGGUGUGGGCAGACAACUCACUGACCAUCGUCCUGCCACAGCACCUUUACAAUGUGGAAUCUGAGAUCGAGGAGACGGACUACGACUCCGUGGAGGAAACCAGCAGCGUCCUGUCCACGGAGGAGUGGGAGGACGAGAGCGACAGCUGGGAGACGGAUAACGGACUCACCACCGAGGAUGAUAUCCACAAUGCAGAUGCGACCCCAAUCCCCACGCCCACUGGCUCCACAAACUUCAUCAUCCCCCCACAGGAGGGCAGCAAAGACAGCCCCACUAAAGCCGUUUCUGGAGACGAGGGAGAAGUAGCUGUGGCCAGUCCGUCUUCUGGAGGAGGAACAACUCCAGCAGCCGAGAAGCCCAGUAAAGAUGGAGCCUGUCGGGGCUUCAGGGAGCUGAAGGAAGCCAUGAGGAUCCUGGAGAGCCUGAAGAACAUGACCGUGGAGCAGCUGUUGACCACCGGGUCGCCAACGUCUCCGACCUCAGCCGAACCGGCCUCCACGACUGACGUAGCGAGUCAAGUGACACCCACCUCCCUGGAGAAGCCCACCAAGGAGAAACGUUUCCUGGAUGACAUCAAGAAGCUGCAGGAGAACCUGAGAAAGACGCUGGAUAACGUGGCCAUCGUGGAGGAGGACAAGAUGGAGGCUGUGGUGGAGGCGGGCGGGAGUGGAGGAGCAGGCUCAGAGGUGGAGCGAGCUGGAGAGGAGAAGCCCCAACAGGAGCCUCAGACACCGGUCGGUGGACAAGACUGGCCCAGCGAGUUCCUCAGUGACACACCGGUUCUGUGCCAACAGAGCGGCGGCAAGCCCGGUGUCACAUUCACUAGUGCCAAGGGAGAGGUGUUCUCUGUGCUGGAGUCGGCACCAGACACUCACUCCUUCGAGAAAAUGGAGUUUCAACCGGCCGAGGCCAGGAAGUUCUUCAGCACAGUCAGGAAGGAAAUGGCUCUGCUCGCAACGUCACUACCAGACGGCAUCAUGGUCAAAACGUUUGAAGAUCGCAUGGACCUUUUCUCCGCUCUGAUCAAAGGACCCACUCGUACGCCCUAUGAGGACGGUCUGUUCCUCUUUGACAUCCAGCUGCCCAACAUCUACCCAGCUGUGCCACCGCUGUUCCGCUACCUGUCGCACUGCAGCGGCCGCCUCAAUCCCAACCUCUACGACAACGGCAAAGUGUGUGUCAGUCUACUCGGCACCUGGAUCGGCAAGGGCAACGAGAGAUGGACCAGCAAGUCAAGUCUGCUGCAAGUCCUCAUCUCCAUACAAGGCCUGAUCCUGGUGAAUGAGCCUUACUACAACGAGGCCGGCUUCGACAGUGACCGAGGGCUUCAGGAAGGGUACGAGAACAGCCGCUGUUACAACGAGAUGGCCCUGAUCAAGAUGGUCCAGUCUAUGAUUCAGCUCCUGCAGCAUCCUGUGGAGGUUUUCAAGCAGGAGAUCCAGGAGCACUUUGCCAGUAACGGCUGGCGCCUCGUCCACCGCCUGGAGACGUGGCUGGAGCUGAGCGACGCCACGGAGCGGGGCCACGCAGCACACAUGUCCUACAGGGCUUCACACUCUAAAGACCGGGCGCCAUCAGUGGAGCCUCUUGACGAGCAGCUGGUGGUGGCCCACAGCAGCCCCCGACAGCCUGGUGAGGAGGGGAUUGCAGGAGGAGGAGUCACCAGUAUCAUGGAGGAGGAGCUGGAGGACUCAGGGCUCAGUCCCUCCACCACAGCAGCCUCUCAGCAAGAGCUGAGCCAGACCUCAGACUGUGACAGCAGCCAGGGUAACGCCUCUCUGUGCGGCGAAAGCAGGGCCCCCCCCACAGUUCCCGGCCCUGUCCGUGCUGGGACAUCAGAAUCAGGUUCUGUCACGGUGAGCGGAGGAGGAGUAGUGUCCACAGUAAGCCAGCCGGUGGUACGACCAAAGAAAAGGAGAAAGAGCUACCGGAGUUUCCUCCCCGAAGGCAGCGGCUACCCGGACAUCGGCUUUCCACUCUUCCCGCUCUCUAAGGGCUUUGUGAAGAGCGUCCGAGGCGUGCUGCUGCAGUACCGAGCUGCGUUGGUCACCGCCGGCGUCCCCGAGCUCACAGAGGACAAUAUCGCUACCGAUGAGUGGAUUGGAUAAGAUGAGUGGAGCUACCCUGUCUCAUAUAAGCCCUCACCUUUGCAUGGACGCAGGUAAAAACACAGAGCUGUUAUUGGAGGCCAUCAAAGUUUCUGUCAGCCUCAGCAGGACUUUGACUUCAGUGGUGUGGAUGCAAAAUGGACAAAAUGAGAUGGAAUAUCAGUGCCAUGAACCCCCGACCACCCCCCUCCUUCACCAAGCCUCUGCCAAGCACCUCCCAUAUGGGCGGGGACUUGAUGGAUAACCACUCGGCUGGGUUGCCCCCUUCGGCUCUCUGUAGCACUUCAGAUAUUAUUACUGAACCAUCCUGCACUACAACCAACAAAUGGAGAAUCUGGUGUGCGAGAUGUGACUCAUAGAUACACUGAACGAGAGGGUUCCUUUUUUUUUUUCCUUUGGUAGAAUUCACUGGUUGUACGCUUUCUGCCAAAUUUCUGUAUUUACACAAACACACGUAUUCAAGUAGAACGUACUGAAUGUCAGUAAAACUGCCAACCACAACCGCUUCACUGCUUCGUCCACCAGUACUUCCCUUCGCCAAUCACUCUCGCACAGAAGCACGCGGCGAACAUCGAGUGACCAAGUUUACAGCCCGGUCCCCUCUGGAGGUCGGACCGCUGCGGCUGCUCGGUGUGUAGAGGAGCCGCUCAGGUGCAGGGCGACAGGGAAGUGGCUGCAUGUGAUCGUGUUUGUGCUCUAAUUAAAUCUUAAAGAGGAAUCCUGGUAUCUUUCAACCUGAGCCCGAUGUUUUUUAAGUGUGAGUGUAAAUGAGUGGUACUUGCAAAAACUUUUAGAAUCAGUUCUUUCGAUCGCCAGCUGCCACGUCACAGCGACACUGGCUAUAAUGUAAUCUCACCUGUGACAUUUCAUAAAAGGUUCACUAAUAGCGAUUAUCUUUUUCGUCUAAUAAAGGGGUCUUUGCUAAGAGUGUGGUAACCUUAUACACAACCGUAUACAGCUCAUU